AUGGCAAAGCUUGUGAUGCAUACGGCAGCAUAUGAAAAGGAGGAAGAGAAGCUCGAGACGUACCAUAAGCUUGCUUCAUCAUUGAAUGACGUGGCCCCUGCGGCAGUAGAAGUCAUCGCGCCAGCGCUCAAGCUCGCUAUCGCCACUCAUGAGCAACAGCACGAGAAGGUGCAGCAUGAUCAUUCCCGGUUAACACACGCCUGGAAAGAUGCGCUUGCGCUAUUUGUGGCCCGCGCGACGGAAACCGUCGAGACUGCAGCUGACAGCGCCGCGACGCGCUUGCGUAAUGAGACGGAUACGCAGAUGGAACGCAUCAAAGCCGAAGUAGCCGUGCAGCUGCGGAGGAUUGCGCGUACGACGCAGAGCGAACCGACGCUAAAUUCUCACGCAAGCAAGACAUCACAGUAUGACGAAGGUGGCUUACGAAAACGCAAAUACGAUGCCGAGCGCCAUUGGCAGGAGAGGCAGCACGAAAGUCCCGACGUCCGCCACGAACCGGCCAGCAAGCGACUGAAAUACGAGGAUUACGCGGGUUCGGCGGGACGCAGUCCACCUUGCCGACGCACCACCUGA